AACUUCUAGAACCGCAGGUUCCCAAUCCUCCAUUAUUUCCUCGCUUUCGGCGCUCUCUUCUCAGGGUUAUCCGCCGCGAUCUCUGCUGAAUUCUGUUCAGAUCGUUUCUACUCGGACUGAUGCAGGUACUGAAGAUACAGCUAUAAAUUCCCCUGUCAGAUAUUCAUAUCAUAAAAAAGAAUGUCGAGCAACGGAAAUACACACUGGUGCUAUCAAUGUGGCCAACCAGUUCGACCACGAGGUCAUAAUAUGGUUUGCCCGUACUGCGAUGGAGGCUUCAUACAAGAGCUCCCUGAAGUUAUGGGCAUUCCUUCUGGCGGCGAUGCUCCGAAUUUUGGAUUCACGGAACGUUACCAUGAUCCAAGAUUCGGUAUAAUGGAUGCAUUUGCUUCUGUGAUGAGGCAAAGAAUGAUGGGAAGGGAUUCCAACUUUGACGUCCGAGCACGUCCUGGCAUGAUCCCAGAACGAACUGUGGGAAUUGGUUCCAGACCCCCCGGCCCAUUUUUGAUACUCCAUGGUGGUCAAUCUCAAGCUGGCAUCCCUGACUAUGAUCCAUUCGAUAUCUUCUUCAAUGGAGGGUCCGGGAUGAGGCAUAGGCGAGGUGAUUUCAGCGAGUUCUUUAUGGGACAUGGGCUACAAGAAAUAAUCGAGCAGCUAAGCAUGAACGAUAGGCGGGGCCCGCCUCCAGCGCCGCGUUCUGCAAUUGAUGCUAUGCCGACAAUUAAAAUUACCCAGCGCCAUCUCAAUACAGAUGCCCACUGCCCCGUGUGUCAAGAAAAGUUUGAGCUCGGCUCAAAAGCAAGACAAAUGCCGUGUGAUCAUAUUUACCAUUCGGACUGCAUUGUUCCUUGGCUCGUUGAGCAUAACUCUUGCCCUGUUUGCCGUGUCGAGUUACCUUCCCAGGUUUCUGGAAACUCCCGGCCUGUCUGGAAUCAAAGGUCUGGGAAUCCAAGCAGCAGCAACAAUGCGAGGAGGGAAUCGAGUAAUUCUCAGAACUCGAGCCGAUGGAAUCCGUUCUCGUUCUUCUGGUCCUCCAGUUCUUCUAAUCAAAACAACCGUGGAAGCAGCUCAGCGGCCUCGAAUGAGGGACACAACAGGUCGAGAUGGCCGUUUGACUAUUGAUCGGUAUUCUUCCUUAAACCCCCUCGUUAUUUAUACGUGUUUGUGUUUGCGCGCUUACAGUGUCGGGUUUGUGGCUUUUGAUCUGAAUAACUAACUUCCUCUUAACACGAGUGAAAGUUAUUUGAUGAUCUAUAGUCUUUGUUAAGUUAAAAAAAACUUACAUGUGGCGAUGAGAAUGAGAAAUAUCAUCAUUGUCCACCUAAGUGCAUUCUAUCGUCUACAGUGUAUAUAAUUAUUUUGGAUCA